UGCUGGCAGGAACAAGCACACAUAGCUUAUGUGAGGACGGGAGUAGCAUUUUUUUGCAUAAGAUUCACUUAAAGCAGAACGUUCAUUUUUCUGGCUGUUCCCCAUUGCAGCAGGGACAUAGUGCUGAGCUAAUCCAGGGAGGCGUCAAGACGCGAGCUGUAUUUAGAGUCAGCCACCUGCUUGGGAACAUCAAGCGGCAGAAAGAGCCUGCUUCAGCAAAAACCUCCCCUGUGCAUUCCACAGCAGCGGCUUCCAGCAGGCCCUUCUUCCUCUGCCUGAUUCUGCAUGAGGCCUCCAAAAGGGUCUGCACCUGAAGACAGACCCUGACAGCCCAGGAAUGCUCUGAGCCUGGCACUCCCUCUGCCCAGGAACUGCCAGAUAUUUUGGACAGCUGCAAGGUGGAAUUAAAUCACGUGGGUGAAGAGUGGCCUAAUCUCUGCAUAGGCAAUAAGUGAAAUUACUUGGAAUUCUGCAUUUCCAGCUUCUUUACCAAACUGAGGAAAAUGGUGAGUGAACCAAAGAAGCAUGACAAAAUGCAAACAGUACAAAGGGAAAGCCAUUCUUUUUAGGAAGAAGAAAAGAAGCACAGCUGUAUCAACCAUACUUAGAGCUCAGAUCUGAAGGGGUUAGGAAGAGACACUGCAUGAAAGUAUCCAUCAGCCACAAAGGUGACAAGUGGAAAUGAAAAGCUGUCUCUGAUACAGCCUGAGUGCAUACAAGGGAACAGCAAGAUGCCUCACACCAGAUACUCUUCAUCUCUGACCAGCAGCACUUCCUAUGAAACACCGGCACUAUCAGACCUCCAGCAGCUCCUGUGGCUCAGAGGAGGAUCUGAUAAUCAUGUGGACCAAGUCUGGCCAAAUAUCUACCUGGGAGAUGAGUGGGCUGCUAGGAGCAAAACUACACUUCAAAGCCUCAACAUUACUCAUAUCCUUAAUGCAGCAGAUGGACCAUGUAGCAUCAACACGGGAGCCAAAUAUUAUGCAGAUCUGCAAAUAGAGUACUAUGGAGUAGAAGCAUUUGAUGAUCCUUCCUUCAAUUUAAGUGUCUUCUUCUAUGAUGCUGCCAAUUUCAUAGGCAAGGCCUUAAACUCUUCAGGAGGUAAAGUGUUGGUUCACUGUGCCAUGGGAGUGAGCCGCUCAGCAACUUUAGUGCUUGCCUUUUUAAUGAUCCAUGAAAACAUGACACUUGUGGAUGCUCUGAAGACAGUGAGUACUCGCAGAAACAUCUGCCCGAAUUCAGGGUUCCUCAGCCAGCUCCGGGACUUGGACAUUAAACUGAAUGAAGAGAGGAAAAGAACCAGAUCAUCUGCUACCAAAGGCCUGUAAGAGAGUAUUGCUGCAAGAAAGAGGACAAAAUCUUGUUUGAGUUGCCUGUAUCUCUUACAGAUGAACUGCAUUUAUAAAUUUAGGACACAACUUUAUGAGGCACCAGAUGCAUGUUAUUAAUAAAUGUAGAUUUCGCUUGAUCUUUCAAUUUUGCAAAGCUUUCCUAGAUUUAUAUUUAUGGUUGGUUGUAUACUCUAUCCUUCACUCUCCACCUUAAAACAUUGCUGUCUGCUAGUUUAAAAUGAGGCAAAAAAAAAAAAAAAAAAGAAAGAAAAAAAGAGAAAGAGAUCAGGUUCCACUUCAGAAAUAGCUGUGUUUCAGCAAGUAGUGAAGCUCAUAUCACUUUAUGAAGUGUUAGGCUAUUUGAGGUGAAAGAUGCCAUAUUAUUUAUGCUACAGUAAUGCUUAGAAGUUCUCUUAUGAACCUCCCCCCCCACCCCUCACUCCCUGUGUCUCAGAGGGUUUGUAUUUUGAGACUUGAAUCUGGUGCUGGUUAGUUCAUGCUUUUACAACUGGUGGAGCUCCUGAGUUGGGGUAAGAGGCUGCUUAAAGGCAGAGCAGCUGGGAAAGAGCAUAAGCCAGUCUAACAAAUUAUUCCAGGUAUCUGUACAGGCUUUUCCUUUUGGCCGUUCAUCAGAGCUUUUUUCCUCCUUGAAAACAUGUUUCCUUGAGAAGGCAUUCAAAUGUUGUUCAUCUUCCAUACUAAAAAUCAGCCAGGAAAUGCUGCAGAAAAUACUUUUAAAGAAGAAGGUGGGUUCUCAGCUAAGGCUAGUAUAGGAAAAUAUUUGACAAAGUUCAAUGUAUACCAAAUUUGUCUGUCAGUUCAAAAUUACAAAACUUGGGAUUUUCUUUCUCAAAAAUAAAGGGUUAUUAACAUUGCAACAUCA